GAACUGAAACGUCAAAAACCAUCUUCCCCCGAGCGGGCAAGAGAGAGAAGACAAGAGGGCCAAUCGCAGAGAGAUUCUCAGUAGCAAUCUCCGAACCAGCGAGCGAGAUAGAGAGAGAGACGCCGCGAGCCGUCUCCACGUCUCCCUCGAAACCCUCGCAUGGCGGCCUUCGCCCGGUCCUUCGUCCUCCGCCGCCUCGCCGACCUCUCCCCGAAGCCCCCGCACCAGCCGCCGCCGCCGCUGCGGCCCCUCCUCCUCCCGCCCCCCUUCCCCCGCCGCCUCUUCUCCGGCCCCGCCCCCCCGCCGCCGCCGCCGCGGCGGAGCUCCUCCUCCGCCACCGUCAGCUGCCUCAGCGGCGGCGUGUCCGACGACUUCGUCUCCACGCGCAAGUCCUCGCUCGACCGGGGCUUCUCGGUCAUCGCCAACAUGCUCAAGCGGAUCGAGCCGCUCGAUAACUCCGUCAUCUCCAAGGGCGUCUCCGACUCCGCCAGGGACUCGAUGAAGCAGACGAUCUCCGCGAUGCUGGGGCUCCUGCCCUCGGAUCAGUUCGCCGUCACGAUUCAUAUAUCCGAGCAGCCUCUCCGCCGGCUCCUCGUCUCCUCCAUCAUCACCGGGUAUACGUUGUGGAAUGCGGAGUACAGGAUGUCUUUGAUGAGAAACUUCGAUAGUUCGUUGGACUCUUCCGUGAAGAGGGAUUUGGUGAGCCAAAAUGAUGUUUCGCCGGUGGAAGGUGAGGAGAGGCAAAGCGGAGAUGAGGGUGAUGUGUCUGUUGUAGAUAUGGAGGGAAGAGGCGUGCAGAUAUUUGGCGACUUGUCUCCCGAGGCUUUGAAUUACAUUCAGCAGUUGCAGUCGGAAUUGGAUAUGGUUAAGGAGGAGUUGAAUUCGCACAAGAAGGGAAAUAUGCGAAUCCAGUUGGACAAAGAGAGUAGCAAUGAUUUGUUGAAUUACUUGCGGUCUUUAGAUUCUGAUAUGGUGAAUGAAUUAUCACAUCCCUCAUCAACACAAGUGGAAGAAAUCAUUCAGCAACUAGUUCACAACAUAUUGAGAAGGUUUUUUCAAGAUAAAUUGGCCAAUGAAAAUGCCCAAGAGGGCAAUGAUGAAUUGUUUGAUGAGAUAGGCACUUCGAGGGAUAAUUUAGCUAAACUCCUUUUCUGGUGUAUGUUGUUGGGUCAUCACUUAAGAGGCUUGGAGAACAGGUUGCAGUUGAGUUGUGUGGUUGGGUUGUUGUAGAGAUAUUAAGAGGCAUGUACAUUCUCUUCUUUUUGCCCAGAUGUUCUAUUUACUUGAAUUCCCAGUGGAAAUAAUCUCCAAUUCUUCAUCUUACUCCUACUCGAAUCUUUUCACUGGAAUUAUAGGCUCACAAAUAGUGUAGCUUCAACCAUUUAAAUGCAUCUUCCGGUUAAAUUGUCUGCA